AAUCCGUGUCUCCGAUCUAGCCUUCGUCUCAAAGUCGCCAUAAACCAUGGGUAUCAAGACCUUAUGGCCGAUCGUAGAGUGCUCUGGCGAGACUGUGGAUCUCCGCCAAUUGUCUGGACAAGUGUUAGCCGUAGAUUUAGCGGGCUGGGUGGUUCAAAACAACCAAUGCCGGGCCAUGAGUCACGGGAAAGUGGCAAAACCUCAUCUGCGGAACGUUUUCUUCCGCACCGCCACCCUCCUAUCAUUGGGUAUUCGACCCGUAUUUAUCUUGGAUGGACAUGCCCCCGUGCUCAAGCGGGAGACCAUGACCCAAAGGAAAGCUGCUCAAAUGGGGAUGAGCACUCAAGAGGUGGAGGUGAAAUCCUUGAAUCGUAAUCGCCUCAAGGCUGUGAUGAACGAAUGCAAGUUUCUCCUGUCAGCCUUAGGGGUCCAAUGUCUCGCGGCUCAAGGGGAGGGGGAGGCCCUCUGUGCCCAACUCAACCAGGUUGGCCUAGUAGAUGGUGUGAUAUCCGAUGAUUCGGAUGCCUUCUGUUACGGAGCCAAAAUAGUCCUGCGGAAUUUUUCAAUCUCAGCUAAGAGUUUCUCCGUAGAACGAUUCACGGCCAAAAAGCUGGUGAAUGACUUGAGACUCUCGCGUGACCGUCUCUUGUUUAUGGCCAUACUCUUAGGGUGCGACUUUUGUCCGGCAGGUGUGUCCGGAGUUGGUAAAGAGAGCGUGUUGAAAAUGUUUAGAGCAUGGCCCGUGUCUAUGGACGCUAUUCGUGUGCUCCAGUAUUGGAUUGGGAUUGAAUUUCAAACUUGGACCACGUGUUCGUCCCCCAAGUAUUGUCAGAAUGGUCCGGAGGAUCUUCAUUGUGACGCAUGUGAGAAGUGGCAAAACUCGGUGAGUGACGAAGAUUGUCUUUGUCAGCGACUCAAGCAAGAUCCGAGUCUUGUCAAAGUAGAAAAUGGAUUGAAGAAGAAAUGCUUGCUUUUGCCCAUGGAUUGGUGGCGCGAUGAAAUGCCAAAAGUUCUGGCUGAGUUUGACGUCAAGGAGACGGUACCCACGGAUCUAAGUGAGUUCACUACUUACAGUUGCCCCAAGAUCAAACAGUGUCUCUCCAUCAUGUGCAAGAAACUCUUGUGGGUCGAAGAAUACGCCAUGGAAAAACUCAUUCCACUUUUGACCAAAUGGCAGAUUGAACAUUUGAGUGUGGGUGGUCGGCAAGAAGUGAUCGAACCCGAAGUCUUCGUCAAAAAGCGCAUUGUAAGUGGAGUAUCUUGUGUUGUGAUUCGAUGGCGAUUGAUUAAUGCUCAGGCCGAGGACAUGGAAGGAUUGCCCGAAACCUUUGAGAGUUGUGAUGCAGCGGAACUUUUCAGCCAGGUGUAUCCUGAAUUUUAUUUGAACUAUGUUCAAACUACGAAACCAACCAAAAAGACCACAGUUGUGCGGAAACCUCGAGCACUUACAGUAAAAAAGACUAACAAAGAAAAUGAACCCGUCACUUGCGAGGAACAAGCACAGAAGCCUAUAACUCAGUUCUUUUCUCAGCAAAAACCUGUACAUGUGGUCGAAACGAGACCAAUUGAAGCACUGGAAUCUCACAAUGAGACGGAGGUUUUUGAUUGUUCGGACUUGUCCUUUAUUAUUGACGAUAUCAUUAACAAGGGUGCAAUGAAACGGCAAGUGGUCGAGACUAGUCCCUUGAAGUCAAAUGGCCUUCACUCGCCGUUGAAGACAUCCACCCCGACCUCUCACAGGCCUUUAAAGAAAGAGUUAAGGUUGGUGCAACGUGCAACGACCAAUCUCAGAAUGCGGUCCAUUCCUCAUUCCCCCGUUGUUGAAGAUCAAGAUCCAUUUGAUAUUGAAGACUCCUUUGAUCGCAUGUGCAAAUAACGCUCUUAAUUUGUUCAGCGCACUGCUUCAACUUCAGUUAAAGUUCAAAGCAAUAUCUUGGAACCAGGUUUUGUUUCAUAUUUCUUCAUUUUCAGCCAAAAGAGCACCAUGUUGCUUGCCAUUAAAUAAAAGCGUCAGCCGAUAUCGCUAUCAA